UUGAAUGUCAAUUUCGCAAACAAUGAUGAUAUGAUCAAAAAAACAAAAACGAUGAUGAUAGUGAAUAGUAAAUACAGAUUUUCUUUGUCAUUAUCUCAUCUGUUCUGUAUUGAAUUAUAGUAUCAAGUUCAAGUACGAUUUUUUCUUUCGGCUUUUAUUUUGUCUAAUUCAUCGUAUACGACUUUGUUUGUGAUUGACAGACAAAUUAACCCGGAUGUUUCAAACAUUUUGAUCAUUGAGAUUAAAAUAGAAAUUGUUGUUUUUUAUUGUAUAUCCAGAAAAAAUGACCAAUAAAAAACAACAGCCAUCAUUAAUGAUUGAACGAAGAAUUCUUAUAAUUGAACCAUUUUAUAGUGGAUCACAUAAACGAUUCAUUGAAACAUUGCUUCCAUUAUCUGUAGACUAUGAUUCAGUGUUGGCCCAUACAUUGCCUCAUAAUAAUCCUAUUAAACAAAUAAAUAAUGAUAAAAAUCCACAACAAUCGAAUCAUUCAACAUCGAAAGUAUGUGCAAAUUCAUCAAUGAAUAAACCAUCAAAACUUCCAACAGGAUCACAAUCAUCAAAAUGGCCACGUUUCAAAUUCACAUUAGUCGAAAUGACGGGUAAAAAAUGGCAUUGGCGAUCAAGAACCAGUGCUUUAUAUUUGUCCCGUGUAAUUAUCAAUAAUGCUGAUCAACAUUUUGAUGUCUUAUUCACAUCAUCUAUUUUAAAUCUUGCCGAAUUAAUUGCUCUACGGCCGGACAUUGCUCGCAUUUCUUACAAAAUUAUUUAUUUUCAUGAAAAUCAAUUAGCAUAUCCAAUACAACAUCAUAAGGAACGAGAUUUUCAAUAUGGUUAUAAUCAAAUACUUUCAAGUUUGGUUGCCGAUAAGAUUGUGUUCAAUUCAAAAUAUAAUCGUACAUCAUUCAUUGGAAAUAUACGAACAUUUUUAAAAAUGAUGCCCGAUUAUCGUCCACCAGAUAUCGAUCAAAUGAUUUACAGUAUUGAACAAAAAUCUCGUAUACUUUAUUAUCCGAUUCGUUUCAAUAACAUACCAUUGAUGCAUGCACAGCGUCGUGAGAAAAAAAUUUUGCAUAUCAUUUGGCCACAUCGAUGGGAGCAUGAUAAAAAUCCGGAAGCAUUUUUUAACAUUCUGUUUCGAUUGAAAGAAGAACGACAAAUACCAUUUAAAUUAUCGGUUCUUGGUGAAAAUUAUUCGGAGAUACCAAAGAUAUUUGUUGAAGCUAAAACACGUUUAGCCGAACAGAUUGUACAUUGGGGUUAUGUUGAAUCCAAUCAAGAUUAUUACGAUGUAUUGGCCAGCGGUAAUUGUUGCAUAUCGACUGCGUUACAUGAAUUUUUCGGUGUCUCAAUGUUAGCUGCCUACUGUGGUUGUUAUCCAUUAUGUCCAUCACGUCUAGUAUAUCCAGAAAUAUUUCCAGCCCAAUACAUCUAUGAAUCAGAUGAACAACUUUUAUCAAAAUUAGAAGAAUUUGGCCGACAACCGGAUAAGAUUCCCUUACCAUUGGAUAUUGCAUAUGAUGUAUUUGAUUGGAUCUAUUGUCAAGAUGAAUAUCGUUCAUUAUUUACGAAAAUCAAUCAUAAAGAUGAUGGUGGCAGUGAUCGUUCAACACCACAACAUUCACCAACACAACCAGCAUUGAUAUCAACAUUAACAUCAAAAUUUAAAUCAUCGGUUUUGAAUCAUAAAUGAAUGAAUAGAUUAUUUUAUUUAACUGCCUAAAAAAUCUAUAAUAAUUCAAGCACCUCACAUUGUUUAUUUAAUUUAAAAAAUGGAACAUCACCAUGAAUAAGCACCAAUUUAUCAUUAUUAUUCAGAUUGUUUUACAUAACUAUUCAUCAAUGUUGUUUGCCGUUUGUUUUCUAGCCCAUAUAAUAUGUUUGCAAAUUC